CAUUCGCUUGCGUGGUGUUUAGCUUCAAAGACCACAUAACUGAGACACCCUCUUUAACACUACUACUCCUCUCACCUGCACUCAUACUACCUUUCUUUCUCUCACACUUUCCCUUCCGUUUUCUCGAGAAAAGUUAUUGUUUUUCCUUAACAAAAUCAUCCGAUCAACACCUCUAUUGUUGAUUUCUCAAACAAUGGAACAAAUUAACAAAAGGACGCUCCUCUUACUUCUGAUUUUCUCUUCCUUAAUAUCCUCAUCAAUGUCGAAUUACGCGACUUUGACUAAAAAGUACCAGAUCGAAUGCACAAUGUGCUCAUCGUGCAAAAAUCCAUGUGGCCAAGACCCCCCACCGCCGCCGCCGCCGGUACCAGUAAAAUCUCCGCCGGCCUCCACAACCAUCUGUCCGCCGCCCCCGUCGCCGCCGAGCUCAGGCAAUUACUACUACUCUCCACCACCUCCCUCUCAAUACAGCUACUCCUCUCCACCACCGCCACAAGGCGGAGGCGGUGGAGGAAGUUACUAUUAUCCUCCUCCACAAAAUUACGGGCCUGCACCGCCACCACCAAAUCCAAUUGUGCCUUACUUCCCUUUCUACUAUCACACUCCUCCUCCACCAUCUAAUUCAGCACCUGUGAAGUUGAUUUGGAGUUCUGUGGGAUAUGGUGUUGGUUCGGUACUUGUUUGGCUCUGUUUGUUUUGAUGGAAAGUGAUAGAAAGUGAAAUAAUGAAACAGAUUGACAGAUCUGAAAGAUAGGAAUGGAGAGAGGCGUCGAGACUGGGACUUGUCAACUUUACGAGAAUGGCCUCCAUUGAACCGAACCGAACCGAACCGAGCUUGGAACUUGGAAGUCAGAAGUUUACACUGUAAAUAAGGUAUUUGUGAUUUGUCAAGUGUUUUCGAUCUCUCUAUCUCGUCCUCAUGCAUUCUCAGUGCAGAGUGGUCUGUAAUUUGUUGACAAUUUAAUUGUACUUAUUUUUGUUUCUUCGAGUACUAAUUGGAAAAUAUAUGUAAAAAUAUGAGUUUUUCCAUCCUAGCAAAAUAUAGAAACUCAUUCGGAAUAAAACACUUCUCUCUUAUCGAUCA